CUUCCUGCGUGUUAGGAGCGGGGGCUCCUGGAUGCGCUUCGCUCGCGGGGGAAGAAAGCGACCGCCCGGCGUCCAGGUGUUGUGGAGGAGAAUGUCUUACUGCCAGCCCAAGAGGAGAAGACAGCUGUCCAGCCACCACUUAAACACCUUUAGAGGGAGGCCACCUCCACCUCUCGGGUCAUUAGCUUCACUAUCAAACUGCUCUUAUCCGUAACUUGAACUCUGGAGUGAAUGAGACCCAAUCACAUCCUUUCAGCUCAAAACCAAUGCAUGAAAAAUCAGGGCCCAUGCACAGCCUGGACAAGCUGGAAGCAUGGCACAAGGAAAAGAGCUUGGAUUCUCCAAAUGGCAGCCUGAAUCUGAAUAAUGCUGUAAAGAAUGAGGAACUCAAGAAAUGUCACCGAGAAGUCACGGCUCUAAAUAAAUACAACUCUCAAUAUCACAAGUUAUUCAAGGACAUUCCCACGGAAGAGAGCGUGCUUAAAGUCUGCUCCUGUGCCCUUCAGCGAGACAUUCUUAUCCAAGGCCGUCUCUACAUUUCUCCAAACUGGCUGUGUUUCUACGCAAACCUUUUUGGGAAGGAUAUCAAGGUUGUUAUUCCUGUGGUCUCUGUCCAACUAAUAAAAAAGCACAAAACAGCCCGAUUGUUGCCAAAUGGACUAGCGAUCACCACCAAUGCCAGCAGAAAAUACAUCUUUGUGUCCCUCAUUUCCAGAGACAGCGUCUAUGACGUCUUGCGGCGUGUCUGCACCCACUUGCAGGUCUCAAGCAAAAAAAGCCUGAGUUUGAAAGAAUUCACUGAAGAGCCAGAUACUGUGUCUUUGGAGGUGAUUGUCCCAGAAGUGAAGUGGAGGAAGAGGUCCUCGGCAUCGCUCUCACUUGCCCUCCCAGAUGCUGGCUUCCAGUGUAUCCACCAAGCAUCAAUCAGCAACCUCAGUGCUGAGGAGAAUUCCUGCAACUUGGAGGAGCCCCUUGCGUCAGAAAGUACAAUAAACUCUGAGGAGGAGGAAGAAGAGGAGGAGGAGGAGGAGGAGGAGUUAGGCGUGGACCGCAGCUUCAAAGCGGAACUGAGAGCAGCUGAUUAUCAGUUGCUGAAAAUCUUCAUAGUGUUAAUCUGCCUUUUGGUGUUGUCCUCAUUGUACCUGGCCUUCCGAAUCUUCCGGCUGGAGCAGCAACUCUCCUCUUUGAACCAGGAUUACCUUUCCCGAGUAUCUCAAAGGUGAUUGUAGCACAAGGGAGAUUGCAAAAGAUCAGGCUUCACCUUAAGUUGGGUCCAAGUAGGUAACAUGGCUGCUAUGAAGACGGGGCAAGUGGAACUCUGGUUCUCUCUCCAUUCUUGCUGGACCAAAGCAGUGAGGAACACUUUAGGUGCUUCCUCACUUCCAAGAACCCCGUUUGAGACUUAACAUGUUGCAUCAACUCUGCUAGAGCAUCUUCCAGGCUGCUGGUGGUGCUUAUGACCAUCACCAAGAAAGGUCCUAGCUAGGCUUGUCCAAGAGGGGCAGUUCCAGCCACAGUUUCAGAGGUGUCCUGAGCUAUGAGGAUGUUACAGAACUUACUCUCAACAGUGCCAGCAACAUUGGAGAUUGCAUUAGAGGACUUCUCCAAGGUACCCCCUUGCACUUUGGAACUGCAGCAUCUUGUGGAGCUUGGCUUUAGAAGGACUUGGCUGCUCUUACCAGUGAACUGCAUGGCUCUUUGGUCACCAUCCCUAAGGGGCUAUUUGCAAAUGCCAAAUACGCAGCUGGAUUCUCCUUUGGGGAGGGUUCCUCCUGUGUGUGGCUGCUGUCAGGACUCAUGGCCUCUUUUCCUGUGGAAGGGGGGUGGGGGAUCGUUUUUCUUCCCGCAGUGAAACAGUCAGUCAGUGAAGGUGGCUAGUAAAUAAUAUUUUACCAAGGAUGAGUAGGAGUUUGGAGCUGUCCCUUCUCUGCCCUUUCACAUCCCGGUAUUGUGAGUUCCCCUCGAGACCAUUCUUCUUGCACUAACAGAUUCCUCUGACCCCAAACAAUGCUGCUGAAGUGAUUUGCAACCCUGCAGAAUUUCCAGAGCCAAAGUGACUUUGAGUGGACGAGAUGGAGGCCUCUCAGCUGCCAGGCAAGCCCUACAUUCUUAUGGACCGGAGCCAACGGAAAAUGUAUUCCUUCAGGGCAGGGCUGUUGGGCAGGCAGCCACACCAGGCUCCUUUGGGAAAAGAAAAAGUAAAAUAAGUGUCUCAAGUGUUGACUUGGAGCCCAAAAUGCACUUCUGGUCGGUCUCCCUCCUUAACCUGAACACUGCAGGUUAGCUUUGAUGGGCUAAAAAAGCAUGGGGAAAGGGGGUGGCAGGGGGAAGCAAAUGUUGCUGUCAGCCCCACUAGGCAGACUAGACUGUGAAAUCAACCCUACAGGAUGGUUACAAUUACUUUAAUUGAGAUUGGCUAUACUAACUGUACCUCCUCCCACUUCUUACAGUUCAGUGAAUUAGGGAGGUGUCUGUCUGAGCCACUUCCAAAUGUUAUCUGGACGUUCUGGAGUUAAAAAUGCUUUGGCCCCUUGGUCUCGGCCCCGAGCCUGCACAUCUCCAUCAAGGACCUCUUCCUUACUCUCUACAGUUUUCAGUCAGUUGCGUCCCAGCACCAGGCUAGGGAAACUUGAUUGUGUGGCCCUGGGGGAUUUGUUGGUGGCCAAGUGGGGAAUUGGAGCAGGGUAGAAGUUCCAUCAGGAAAAGGAGCUGCUGAAAAGAAACGGUGGGGUUGGAGCAGGAGACAAAAGUCCCAUUAGAUGGGAGAGUUGGGUCUGCAAGUGAAGGUCUCCUAAGAAGGCUUGGA